AGAGUAACUCUAAUCCUACGUUGGUAAUACUGUUUGGAGCCUUAGAAUUAGGCUAAGCGUGUUAGUGUGGUUCUUGAAGUCUAGCGGAGUACAUGAGAUCGCCCUGAUUAGUCAGCUGCUAUAUUUGGGAGUCUGCCCAUGGGGCUCACCUUUCUAGUGGAAGCUUGUUGUUCGCAGUGCUGGGAUUGCCUCGUGUCGACUGUGUUGGGUUGGUCCAGACAGGGGACCGGAGUGGAGAUGGUUGUGGCGUCUAUUGAGGAACUUGAGAAGAAUGGUCGGGCGCCUCUUCUCUGCGGCCUUUUUCUAGACUUACACCGCCUUCUUACGCCUACGUUGUUCUUCGUCCCAUACCGCCUCCGCUUCUUUCCGGGCGUUCUCCGCCGUUUCACGCCCACGUUGCUCCCCACCCCUGCGCCAUUCCUCCAGAUAAAGACUCCCCUACUCUAGCGAACCCUCGGCCAUGUCGGGGCGAUGAGAUCUCUGCGAUCAUCAGCUCGCUGGAGCGCGUCUUCCUAUGGCCUUCUCCGCCGGCGGGAAAUUAUCAUCCGUAUAUGCCU